AUGGUGGCGUGCAAGCUUGGACGAUUCUACGUUAAUGGAAAGCAGAUGUUGGAUGUGAACUAUGUGCUGAAAAAUGCCGACUACAUAGAUCAUUGGGGUCAUCGUCAUGAACAUCCAUUCAAAAAAACGUUGAAGGACGGGAGCUGGUCAAAAGAGUACAUCUGCAUGGUCGAGGGCGACUUUCCCUAUGAUGAGAUUGAGUGCAACGAACCGAUGGAUACGUUGGUCAUCAGCAUGGGCAUACAGUGUAUUCGACCAGACGGCAAGACAGCCCACACUCGGUUUAAGAAAUUAUGGUCUGACGGGAAACGUUCUGUACUGUCCGUUAGCAUAACAACGGGUCGCACCCACCAAAUCCGGGUGCACGCCCAGUUUUUGGGUUAUCCGAUUGUGGGUGACCGAAUUUACAACUCGACAGUAUGGGGCAGUUCGAAAGGAAAAGGAGCAGAAUAUGGAAAGUCCUACGAGGAGUUGUGUGCUGAUGUACGUGCAGCUCAUUGCGCCUCGAAUUGGCAUGAAACCGUUGAUCCAGAAUAUGCCUCAAAAAUGGAACGGAUGGCUGCUGAGGAGUUAGAGCCGGAAGCAAUCGACCUUCAACCUCAAGACAGACCCACUUACGACCCGAUAUGUCUGAAUUGCAAUGUAACAAAGAAAGAGAUACCAUCCGAUCAUUUCCAACUCUACCUCCAUUGUCUCAAAUAUUCCACAGAGAAAUGGAGUUACAGUACACCACUUCCUGAGUGGGCUAUUCAACCGGAACCUUCGUAG